AUGUGCUGUGAAACCUCUGAGAAAGAAGAUGGUAGCAGCAUGGUAGUAAUAAUUCAAACUCUAAAAAAUGAGAUCGAUCUAUUGAAGAAACUUAUCUUUGAAAAGGAUGAGAAAAACCGAAUUCAAUCAGAAAAUAUACAAUUGCUUAAACAAAAUAAUCAAUUACUUAAAGAGAACCUUGGUACCUCACAAAAUAAAGCCAAUAAAAAAGCAGAAAACUCCGCAGAUAAGACCCAUAUCCUGGCAACAAAAACUGCUGAAGCUGAUAAAAUUAAUUUAAAAUCUAAAAACGAAACACAACAAAAAGUAAAUAAUAUCCAGGGACCUUGUACUAGCAAGGACAGCAAGGUGAAUGACCAGUCAUCAAAACAAAAAGAUGAAUUAUUAGGAUAUCAGAAACAAAUAAUGGAUAAUUUAAUUAACAUUAAUGAUGAAUCAACAAAUAAUAAUGACGAUGGAUUUAUUGAAGUAAAUAAUAGGAAAAGUCGCUCUAAAAAGGAUGUAAGCUACAAAAAGAAAACCUUUGGUUUAAAUAAAACAGAAAAUUUUGGUGUUGAAAAAAAAGCAUGGAUAUAUUUAUACAGAAUAAAAAGACAUGUGACAGAAGAAAAAAUUUUGGGCUUUUUAAAAAACUCCCCAAAAUUUAAGGAUGCCGGAAUCACUGUUAAAGAACUGCCAACCUCUGAUUCCCAAAAUAAAUGUUUCAUGCUUAGUGCUGAUUUUAAUCUAAAGGAUGAGCUCUAUGACCCAAAUAAUUGGCCACAAAGCGUGGGAAUUAGACGAUUCGACUUUAAAAAAUAUCACUCAUAUCAACAAAGAAACAAACCAGCGGAUUUUUAA